CAGACACCUCGCGCAUUCCACUCCACCUCCACAAACUACCGGCGAUAUGUCAGGACUACUCGGUACGGUUUAUAAUGCACUUGUCAAGAGGAAUGCCGUCUUCCUGACCACGAUCUUCGCCGGCACAUUUGCAGCAAACAUUGCGUUUGAUGUGAGCGCAAACAAGAUCUGGGACCAAGUGAACAAGGGCCGACAAUGGAAGGACAUCAAGCACAAGUACAUGGACGCUGGGGACGACGACGAAUAAGCAAGCCAGGGGUUGGGGGCACGCAGCAGGAAGCGAGAGGGGAGAAAAAGGUGAUUAUGUUGUACGAUGACAACCGGAGGCAUUGGAGCAUACGGGUAGCGCACGACUUCAGCGGCCUUUGAGUCAAUCAGGUAUCAUGGCAUAGCGAAGCUCACGUGGGCUCUAUGCGAUGGUCUGUACAUAUUAUUCUAGAGAUGAGCUGCUGCAUCCAUCCAUCACGCGAGGCCGAAGACAUGUCAAUUGCCG